UGAAUUCAGUAAUGCUUAAACCUUUGAAGUGAAUAGUUGGGUGAUAAAUUUAGAGCUCUAAUCCAUACGAAAAACUUAGAAAAGAAGGAUAACAUGGUGUUUAUCGAAUUGGGACUUGUGUCCUUUCUACUCCUAUACAUUUUCUACAAAUGGGCUACGUUUAAAUAUAAUACAUUCAAAGAGCGUGGAGUGGCUUACGAGGAGCCUUGGCCUCUGGUGGGCAACGCGGGAGCGGUGGUGUUGAAUAGGGAAGGCUUCAAUAAGACGGUCCUCAAAUUUUAUCAACGCAAUAAAGAUCACGAUAUUGUCGGGUUCUACAAUUUUCGUUCUCCUGUAUUCGUGGUACAAAAUCCCGAUUAUAUCAAAAAGAUGACUGUAAAAGACUUUGAUUUCUUCGUAAACCACACACCGUUUUUUAAAGCCGACGACGAUCCUCUCAUUAACGGAAUGCUGACUGUAAUGAAGGAUCAACGCUGGAAAAAUAUGCGCAACACACUUUCUCCGAUCUUUACCGCCGCCAAGAUGCGCGCCAUGUUUGGUUUGAUGAACGAAUGUCUGAAUGAAUGUUUGGGACGGCUGCGCGAUGCGACCAAAUGUGGAAAGAGUCACGAUAUAGAACUGAAAGGUUGGUUUACGCGCUUGUCAAAUGAUAUUAUUGCCUCAACUGCAUUUGGUUUGAAGAUUAAUUCCUAUGAGGAUAAGAACAAUGAGUUCUAUAUGAUCGGACAAUCGAUUUCAAAUUUUCGCGGCAAACAAAUGCUCAAAUUCUUUGUUUCUAAUACAAUGCCCAUUGUACAAAAGAUCCUGGGGUAUAAAAUAUUUGAUACCGAUAAAACGGAUUAUUUCAAACGACUAGUUAUAGAUACAAUGAAAUAUCGACAAGAGAAUAAAAUCCAUAGACCGGAUAUGAUCCAGUUAUUGAUCGAAGCCAAGCAGGAGUCUGACCAAAACUGGUCUGACGAUGACAUUGUAGCACAAUGCUUCAUUUUCUUUUUCGCCGCUUUUGAAAAUAAUGCCAAUUUCACCUCGGUAAUCUGUCAUGAGCUAAUGGAAAAUCCUGAAGUACAAGAACGUUUGUACGAAGAGGCACUAGAGGUACGUGAGGAACUUAACGGGCAACCCUUAACUUACGAAGCAGUGAUGAAAAUGAAGUACAUGGACAUGGUCACAUCCGAAACAUUACGUAAAUGGAAUCUUGCUGGAUUUACAGAUCGCUUGUGCUCUAAGGAUUACGACCUCACUGAUGAUGAUGGGAACUUAGUAUUUAAAUUUAAAGCUGAUGACUAUGUGUGGUUUCCCAUCAUUGGUCUGCACUAUAAUGAAAAGUAUUUCGAGGAUCCCGACGCAUUUAAUCCUGAACGUUUUAGCGAUGAAAACAAAGACAAUAUUAAACCCUUUACGUACCUGCCAUUCGGUGUGGGGCCACGAAUGUGCAUAGGUAAUAGGUAUGCAUUGAUGCAAGCCAAGGCUAUGUUGUACUAUAUGAUAUUGGACUUCAAGUUGGAGCGUUCUCCGAAAACGGUGAAAAACAUAAUGGAUGAUAUACGUGGUUUUCAAAUAAAUCCAAUAGGCGGGUUCUGGGUUCGCCUUGUUCCACGCGCAUUUGCACACUCACUGAUGGCUCUCGCAGAAGUAUUAAUUCUUUUGACACUUGUUGUGUUUUUAUUUUACAAGUGGAGUGUUUCUAAAUAUCAUAUAUGUCGUGAUCGAGAAAUACCACACGACCAGCCAACUCCUUUGAUUGGAAAUUUAGAUACCAAAAUAUUCCUGGGAAAAUCAUCUUUCAUAAAAUUUAUUAUCGAGCGAUAUCAAGCUUAUAAAAACAGUAAAAUUUAUGGAAUUUAUUCGAUGCGUGAUUGCAACAUUCACAUUCGUGACUUGGAACUCAUCAAAAAGGUGGGUAUAAAAGACUUUGAUUCAUUUCCAAAUCACAAUUCUGUGGGAGGAGAUGGCGGCGAAACAUUUUUCUCGAAAAGUUUGAUCGUUUUGAAAGACCAAAAGUGGCGCGAAAUGCGAAAUUGUUUGUCACCCGCGUUCACGGGAAGCAAAAUGCGUUUGAUGUUUACGCUGAUCAACGAAUGUGUGAUUGAAGCGGUUAACUAUAUCAGCAGUGAGAUUCAAGCGAGUGACAAUAACGAUGUGGACAUCGAAAUGAAAGAUUUUUUCACAAGAUUCACAAAUGAUGCUAUUGCAUCCACAGCAUUCGGCAUACGAAUCAAUUCAUUCAAUGAUCGAAACAACGAGUUCUAUCGGACCGGAAAAGCGGUCACUGAGUUCACUGGGUUCGUUUUAUUUAAAGCUAUUUUAUUUGGACUUGUUCCGAAAGUGAUGAAGGUGUUACGUAUAAAAUUAUUUGAUGAUAAAAUCCUUAAUUACUUCAAUCAUUUGGUAAUUGAUGCUAUGAAAUACCGAAAGGAACACAAAAUUGUACGCCCCGAUAUGAUACACCUAUUGAUGGAAGCUAAACAGCACUAUGAAGAGGAAACAUCGGAUUUGAAGGGAGAACAUGCUGAAUUUACUGAUGAAGACCUUUUGGCUCAGUGUACGCUCUUCUUCGUUGCCGGAUUUGAAACCGUAUCCGCUUGUUUAUGUUUCACAGCGCACGAGUUGCUUGAAAACCCCGAAAUUCAAGAUAGACUUUACUUAGAGAUUUUGGAUACGCAAAAUUCACUGGACGGAAACCCCUUAAACUACGAUUCACUUAUGAAGAUGAGGUAUAUGGAUAUGGUUAUUUCGGAGUCUUUGCGUAAAUGGCCACCAGUAACCUUAACAGAUCGUGUUUGUUCCGCGGAUUAUAGUCUUAAGGACGACAAAGGGAGUUUUAUUGCUAAAAUUAAAAAAGGCGACAAUAUAUUUGUACCCAUAAUUGGCAUUCAUCGUGAUCCCGAAUACUAUCCUAAUCCGAACCAGUUUGAUCCCGAACGAUUUUCUGAUGAAAAUAAAAGUAAAAUUAAUCCAAUGAGCUAUUUACCGUUCGGUGUGGGUCCCAGAAUGUGUAUAGGAAAUCGGCUGGCACUGAUGGAGGUCAAGGCAAUUAUUUACCAUAUUAUCUUGAAUUUUAAAAUUGCGCGGACAGAGAAAACAUGCGAAAACUUAAUGGAGUCCAUUUCCGGAUUUACCUUAAUACCAAAAGAACGCUUUUGGAUGAAAUUGGUUCCAAGGAACUCUUAAAGUUAUUCACCUUUCUUUUUAUAUGAAUUCCAUUAAAUAUGUCAUUUAAAAUAA